ACAAUCAGUGCGUAAGUGGGUGUGUCAAAUGUAGGGUAGGCUAGUGCUUGGGUACACACUGAAAAUAGGAAAAAGUUAAUCCGGAGUUUAGUCUGAAACCCGCCCCGGACUACCAGGAUGGCUGUCUGGACACGAGCGGACAAAAAUGGUCAAUUAGACCUUUUGCUCCGGGACCGCUGGAUUCGGGUAGCGGGCGAAUUGACCAGCGAGACUUUCACAUUAACGGCGGAAGCAGAGAUAAGCGGGCACAGGAACAACUUGGAUUGCAACAAUUCAGCGGACCUACGAAAUGGAAUGUCAAACGGAAACGACCCAUGGUUAGCGUCUGGAAUUUCGAACCGUGGUCAAACCUCGAACCAAGAACAACAUCCGAACCAUGGUGAGCUAGGACGAAGCGGUAGCCCAGCGAGCGGGGGCAUCAACAGGGGUCACUACGAAGGUUUUAGCCCUGGCUCUAGCAAGUAUAAUCGUGAUAACGGUACGAACUCAGAUUUGGGCAGCCCAGGGUCCAGUUACGGUAGUCCUGGAUCUAGCUUCAGUUCCAGGCAUGGCGAAACGUACAUCAAUUUAGAAUCCAGCGCAUCGGAAGCUGUGCGUAAAGUUCGAGUUGUAAAACAAGAGUCGGGCGGGUUGGGGGUCAGCAUCAAGGGGGGUCGGGAAAACCGAAUGCCCAUCCUCAUAUCCAAGAUCUUCCCCGGACUUGCAGCUGAUCAGAGUCGAGCUCUUCGGGUCGGCGACGCGAUCCUCUCAGUCAAUGGAAACGACCUAAGGGAGGCCACGCAUGAUCUAGCGGUGCAGGCUCUAAAAAAGGCUGGGAAAGAGGUUACGCUUGAGGUGAAAUAUAUCAGGGAGGUUUCCCCACUGUUUAAGAAGCCGUCCUUGGUGGCAGACCUACCAUGGGAUGGGGUGCGUCCUCAAUCCCCCAACUUCAGUGGCAGUGAGGACUCGGGGUCCCCCAAACACAGCGGGGCCAAGGACCGGAAGGUCAUCCCCCUCAAAAUGUGCUUCAUCAGCAGGAACCUGACUAUACCUGACCUGGAGAACAGACUCUUGGAGCUGCACUCUCCUGAUGGCCAGCACACGGUGGUGUUGCGCUGUAAGGACAGCCCCAGCGCCCACUCCUGGUUCACAGCCAUCCACACCAACAUUGCUGCCCUGCUGCCUCAGACCUUGGCCCACAUCAACUCCUACCUGGGCUCCAGCACCACGGGGUCCCACCCCCAACUCAAACACAUCAGCUGGCUGGCAGAACAGGUCCAGUUGGAUGGUGGGCGGCACCAGUUCCGACCAAUCGUCAUGGCAUUGACAGAGAAAGAUAUCCUGCUGUUUGAAUCAGUGCCAUGGAACCGCGAAGCCUGGUCCACACCCCUGCUCACACACCCACUACUCGCCACAAGACUGGUGCACUCUGGCAGUGCCCGCAGUUCCCCGGCGCAGGGGGCAGACCUGGUGUUUGCCACUCGGACGGGUACAGGGCGGGGCAUCGUAUCCCAUGUGUUCCGGGUGGAGACGCACUGGGACCUGUCCUCAUGGACCCGGGCGCUGGUGCAGGGGGGGCAUUCUGCUGCAGAACUGAUUAAGGAGAUCUCCAUUGGUUGCAUGCUGAACAGGCAGGACGUUCGCCUCACUCUUCAUUAUGAGAAGGGCUUCACUGUGACCCGGGAGCCAGGGGAGCCUGCAGUGGGCACUGUGCUCUUCAGAUACCCCUUCGAGAAGCUCAAGAUGUCCACAGACGACGGGAUCCGCAACCUCUACCUGGACUUUGGAGGUCCAGAGGGUGAAAUGGUGUUUGACCUGCACUCUGGCCCCAAGCCCGUGGUGUUUGUUCUUCAUUCCUUCCUGUCGGCCAAACUGUCUCGUCUGGGCCUGCUGACGUGAAGAGGGAAGAGGCUGGGGUCAGGAACAUAUCAAUAGAUAUUCCCAGUUUUACUAUGCAUCAUUCAUCACAAGCCUUCCAAUGUAUUUGGGCUCUUUUUAUGCAUGUACUUUGUUCUUGUCAGGUGAAUGAGUGCUUUUUGUGAAGAACAGAGUAUGUAUUUGGUCAUCUGAGUAAUAUAAAUGCGAUUGGGUUUGCAAGUUGUUGAUUGAGUGUAAAUGACUGUUGCAUUUGUGUUGGCUUUAUAGAGUGCAUGUUACCUGAAAACAGAUAAUCUAGCACAUUAUCCAAAAUGACUUAUAAUCAGGAUUGCCAACUGUGCCUUGUUACAUGUAGUCAUAAAUGCUAUUUUUAUUGUGUGUAAAAGUUAUUUGUCUUUAAAAGCUAAUAGGUUUUAAAGCAAAGUAAGCGUUCAACAUGCACAGCAAUAGUAUUAUUCUUAUAUUGUAAACAUGUUAUUUCUGUAUUGUUUUUCAGUUUAUUAUUUUGUAUGUAUAUCCUAUGCAGCAUGACUUGACUGAAGAAGUGAUCUUAUUUUGGAGCAUUUACAAAAUCACGUUGUAACACCAGUGACCCCUAUGUUACCUGCCUCAAAGUCACCCUGCCCUCCAGUAGGCUAGUCACACUGCCAAACCAUUGUCCCAUGCUGCCUAAGAACACCACUUCCCUUUACCAUUCCCUUCUGCAUUGGCCCUAAGCCAAGGCUUUCUAUUAGAGCUCAUGAUAUAGGUCAUACCUAAGCUUCUCUGCCUUUCUGCCCUCUUCUUUUUCUGUGGAAGUUCCACAUACACACCAUGCAAACAUGAGAUAUACUGUCAAUAGGCAUCCACAGUAAAGUCACUGAGCUACAAGAUGUCUAAGGGAUCUGGGUCAUGUUUUUGCCCAUGUACUCCAUCAUGGUCAUAUUACAUAAUUAAAAUAAGCAAAAUACCUAUGAAGACCAUUCAAAGAUGUUCAUUCAGCACUAUGAUAUCUGGGAAAAUAUCAUUUCAGCUGCAUUAUGGCACCUUUGUCUCAAGCCUUCUCUCUCUCUCUUCUUCAAAACAGGCUUCAGGUCCAGUUAGCAAAAGCUUUGGAUACUUUUACUAGCACAAAUAGGAUGCUAUUCUUUUGUUUUUAUGUUUUAUCCCUGUAUAAGCUUAUCAUCUUGCUGUAUGUUACCUCUUACUCGGACCCUGCUCUACCACGUGAUCACCCAGUAUGUAAGCAGAUACUGUAAGUGGGGCCUAGUGGAUGCUGCCAAUUGUAUGUCUGAACUCUAUCCCACUUCAGUCUGUGUACUUUUGAUAAUGGACAUUUGUAGGUAUCAAUACAGAUCUGUCAAACAUAGUUUUUUAAAAUCUUUAUAUCUUUGUCUUCCAUUUUGUUUUGAGCUAUGUACUGUUAUUGCAAAGCAAAGCAUUUUUAUUUUUCAAAAAAGGGUUUUGAACCAAAGUUAUCUGUGGCAGCUUGCGUUUGACACAGUCAUUUAGCAGGACAGCAUAGGAGAAACACUGCUGCUGCAAACCUGUUGUAUGCUAAGUAUUUUGGACUUCCAAGCCUGCACUCUAAAAUAUAUAUGCAAUGUAUGAUAAUAAUGUAAUAAUCUAAAAUGUAAAUAUCUAUAAGAAUAAAACCUACUGUAACAGAUGGUUUUGUUGUCUGAU